AUGACGAACCCCACUGAAUACCCAAAUGCCCACUUGCCGAGCCAAAAAGGAGGUUUCGGCCGACCAGUGGACGUUUGGACAUGCAAACCAACCAACGGCGACGCAAGGAACAGGAACGUCUGUUGGAAAUAG